AUGCCUUCGACGCUGUUCUGUAUGACGAAGUGGGUGGACAAGUAUCUCGGCGUCGGCGAGUGGGUGAUGGACCAAUCUGUUGCUAUUGCGGGCUCCAGCGGCUGGUUCGAGCGGACUCGGUAG